CUGAAGGCAAAUUUGACAGUAGAAAUCGUAGAAUUUAAGAAGAACUGAAAACAUUUUUGUUGAAUUCUUUAAACCACUUGCUUGAAAUGCCUAGAAUAACAGGCGUAAAGUCACUCCUAACAUUUACUUUGAUCUUUGUUGUAUGAUAUUUGGCUAGAAACUAUUGGAUCUAAAGAAAUAUCAGAGCCGAAUACGAGCAGCAUCAAUCUCUUAGUUCUAAUACCUAACUAUAGAAGAGAUGUUAAGGGUUGUAAAGAACUUGUUUAUUGAUCUUUAAUUUGAGUAAGUUCUGUCUCAGCAUAUGAUGGAAGAACAUCUGCGUCAGCUGUGUUACGUACACAUUAGAUAAUGUGAGCUGUGUAUCUGGUCACAAGAUCUCCUCAUCAGUGCCCAAUAGUGCCCCACAACCACUAGAAAGUUGCCAGUACUUUGACUGAGAACGAUUCCGCAUUGAUUAUAUGGAACCAAAUUUCCUUUAACACUCCGAGUGCGAGAAACGAGUGCAUUAUCUUAUCCUCCCACGAGUGUUCGUUUAUACUUCAUCCAAUAAAAAGAACAAACAAGUUAUAAAUAUAAAAGCAAUAAAUGCAUAGCGAAACUCGGCAAUGAACUGGUUUCUUAGUGGUCUCAAGUCAACUCGAGGAAAGGAGAAAAAAGAAAAAGAAAACAUUAUGCUCCAGAAGAUGUCACCUUCUUACAACUUCACGGCUGUCCACAUGUUGUGAUCAUCAAUCUCCACUUCUUUCAUCUUUGAAUUUUGCUCCUCACUCCUGCCAAGCUUAUUUUUCAGGUUUAUGUUCUAAAUUUCACUGUUUACCUUGAUACAUUUAUCCAGCAGAGCCAACAAAUGAGGAUCAAAGUCGGAUCGUUUCGUUAGAGAAGGGAAUAAAUGGUUGACCUUCAAAUGUUUUAACUUGGCGAUGUCCCCGGGUAAUCGUCGGUCCGCAAGACGUUAAUGCUGCAGGACGUUUUUGACGGAAUAUGAUUUCAUCGUCAUUGGAGCCGGGUCUGCUGGUGCGGUGGUGGCCAACCGGCUCAGCGAAGUGUCGGAUUGGAACGUUUUGCUGCUGGAGGCAGGUGGAGAUGAGCCAAUGGCUGCCGAUAUUCCUGGAACCGCUGCUUUCCUCCAACGAAGCAACGUUGAUUGGAAUUACAAGACCGUUCCUCAAACUCAAGCCUGUCUUUCCAUCGAAGGCCAUAGGUGUUUAUGGCCAAGAGGCAAAGUUCUCGGUGGUUCGUCCGUCCUCAAUUACAUGAUGUACAUUAGAGGCAACAAAAAAGACUAUGACGAAUGGAGUAAGGAGAAUCCUGGAUGGUCCUACGACGAUGUAUUGCCGUAUUUCAUCAAGUCGGAAGACAACCGCAACCCGUACGUAGCGGCCAAUACAAAAUAUCACGGAACGGGUGGCUAUUUGACAGUCCAAGAGCCACCGUACAAGACGCCAUUGGUCACCGCUUUCAUUGAAGGAGGCGUCGAGAUGGGAUACCAACAUCUUGAUCCUAACGCGCAUCAGCAAAUAGGUUUCUCCAGUGUGCAAGGAACGAUUCGCAGGGGAGCGCGAUGCUCAACGGCCAAAGCAUUUCUUCGACCGGUGCGCAAACGCUCGAAUCUUCACAUUUCAAUGCAUUCGCAUGUCCAUAAGAUCAUCAUCGACCCGGUAACCAAGCAGACGACUGCUGUCCGCUUCGAAAAGAAAGGCAAAAUUUACCAAAUCAAAGUUAACAAGGAAGUCGUCGUCUCGGCUGGAGCCAUCAACAGUCCGCAAGUGUUGAUGUUGAGCGGAGUGGGUCUAGCAGAUCAUCUGAAAUCAUUCGGUAUUCCUCUGAUUGCCGACUUGGCUGUCGGCGACAAUCUUCAAGACCACCCUGAAAUUAUGGGCAUGGUCUUUAACGUCGACAAGCCUUACGGGAUGAUGGAAACACGGUACUAUAAUUUACCAACGAUUCUCAAUUAUACCCUCAACUCCAAUGGGCCCAUGUCGAUGUUGGGCGGAUGCGAGGGUCUUGGUUGGAUUAAAUCCAAAUACGCACCAACUGACGACGAUGAUUGGCCGGAUCUCGGACUCACUUUUCUCUCCGGAACUGCCGCAUCCGAAAGCGGCGGAAUCCUGCGUCACAACUUUGGUUUCACUGAUGAAAUUUGGGAUAGCUAUUUCAAGCCGUUAGUCAAUACGGACAUGUUGCAGUUUCAUCUUUGGCUACUUCGCCCUCUGUCGAGGGGAACCAUACGGUUGUCUUCAUCCGAUCCUUACGCUCCUCCUCUGAUCGAUCCAAAAUAUUUCAGCGAAACAGCGGAUAUGGACACUAUCAUCGAGUCUUUGAAAUUCGCCUUAGCUUUGGUCAAAACAACAGCGUUCAAAAAAUUGGGGACAAAAUUCUACGAUAAGAUAUUCCCAGGCUGUGAAGGCUUCACCCCGUGGACGGAUGAUUAUUGGCGCUGUUUCGUCCGUUACACUUCGUCCACCGGAUACCAUCCGUCUGGAUCGUGCAAGAUGGGCCCGUCCACAGAUACAAAGGCUGUCGUCGAUCAUCAAUUGAAAGUUCAUGGGAUCAAGGGUUUGAGAGUGGCUGACUGUUCCAUCAUGCCAGUGAUAGUGUCGGGCAAUACUAACGCUCCAGCGAUUAUGAUUGGAGAGAAAGUCUCGGACAUGAUUAAAAAUUCUUGGUUGAAAAUAAAAAAGGAAAAGAAGGAAGAUGUUUCUCAGCUCAAAGAAGAGACUUUGCUUGUUGAAGAAAAUGAAAAAGAGAAGCAACAUUAACACUAUUUAUUUUAUGAUCGGGUUACCAUACAUUAUCAUAAAUUAUCUCGUAAUAAAUUAUUAUAAUUUUCUA